AUGGUGAUCUCGCGGUCGCCAGGAGCCUCCAGAGCGGUCUCAGAGCAGCUGUCCUUUGGAGGCAAGGCUCUGUCUCUCCAGGACCACAUCAAGGUCUUACGGGUGACGGUGGACCGCUGCCUGCGCUUCGACGGCCAUGUAGGUGCAGUCACCCGACAGGCGUCUCUAAGAGUCUCUGCCCUGCGGAGGGUGGCGGGAACGCUUGACCCACACGGCAUCAUCACGCUAUACAAGGCGCAGAUACGUCCGUGCCUGGAGUACGGCUGCCUGUCGUGGAUGUCAAGUGCCGCCACCCACAUGCAGAGACUUGACAAGGUGCAGCGACGAGCUCUACGUCUGGCGGGAUACGACGCACACCAGGACGACCUGCCGCCACACACCCCCGUCACGUCGUUGGAGCACCGACGAGAUGUGGCAGCGCUGGUGGUGUGCCACAAAACUCAGGUGCAAGGAGUACCGCACCUCCGACGCCUGGGACUUCCAUUACGCGCUGCCCAGAGGCCCACGCGAGCUGCUGCCACCAGUGAGCAGACUGUGGAGGUGCCCUUCUCCAACACACGGCAGCACCAACGAACAUACAGUGCCCGGACCUCAAGGAUGUGGAACGCAUUCACCACAACCACACCCCAGGUCACAAGAUUUAAGAAUACCUGGGAGGAUGAGGGGCGCGUUGGACGGGGAUUGGGACAGGAAAAACAGUGGAAGAGAGUGCUUUGUCACUUGACUUCUGAGCAUGAUUAA